UGCUAGUGUUGUGAGAUGACAACAUCGUAGUUAACGUCCAAUUUGUCAUUAUAAAUGCUUAAGUCAACAAUUAUUAACAGCUACCUCAUACGUUCAAAGAAAAUGCGAAGCCAUAAUCUGCAUAGUGCGUUAUAAAGUUAAACUUGACUUCAUAGGUGAUUGCUAUCUAUAGAAACUUAUUCGAAUGCGUCCGUAAGGAAAGUAAGCUCCUGUAAAAAUGGCGGGUGUGUUAUCUACAUCAGUUGUGUUUUCAUGGCUAUUGGAGAAAGUGUAAUCACUAUUAUUGUUGUGUACAUUCAAUAUUAAACAUACAUUUAACGUGAAAUGCACUUUUAAGACGGAAUGUGGUACUUAUUUUUGUGACAUUUUAAUAAGUGAUUGAUUUUGUGAGACGGCGCAGGUGUCAUAGUAUUUAAUGAAAUUAUCAGCAUGUCGCGCUGGGGCAGAGGCCGAAGCGGUAGCGUGGCUGUGCCGCUGGACAGUGCAUUAUUUAGAGAAAACAGUAAUUGCCCUACAGCAGCCCGAUCGGCAGGGACGGUUGGCAAGUGGGGAAUUACUAGUUUUACUUCGAUAAGGAGCGCCCCUUACGCAUAUCAAAGUAACAUACAUAAAAAGUCAAUACAGGAUCAAAACAGUCCACUGACCGUUCCAGCUGUGGAAACAGAGCAACCACCACCCAAACCUAAGAAGUUUUUUAAAUCCCGUAAUGCCGAGUUAUAUCCACCUGUACCACAGAUAACUUACGCUCCACCGGUAAGUGCUGCACCACUCUCACCUGAACACUCAAAUACUAAAGAAAAAAGGACAAAUAAGAGGGGCAGAUACAACAGAGAUUCCUCCUCACCUGAAUUACCUAGACGCAACUCUGAAAAAGGAAAAUCUAGAAGAGGUUUAGCAACUAAAGCUGCCAAGAAGGAAGAUCAGUCUAAUGAUAGUUCACAACCACCAAAUAAGAGAUAUCUGGUUCGUAAUCGUGACAAGGUCAUUAACUAUGCAGAAGAUGGAAGUAACAGCCCAAUACCAGAAUUAACUCGUUAUGAAUCCUUAUCUCACAAGGCACUUUCACCUAAAGCUAGCCCAUUAGUAAAAUGCCCAUCUCCCAUAAAAACCGAGGUUGCAAGUCCAUCUACAAGUAAAGAUUCAAAUGAAGAAAGAAAACCACCACCUAUCGUGCUCAGAAUAUCUAAAGGCACUUCAAGAAUUGUAAGUACUGAUUCCAAUGAGGGUUUGACAUCACCUAGUUCAGAUAGACAUUCAUCACUGGACACACAUUUCGAUAUCUCUAUUGGUUCUGAUGCUAAAAGGAGUCCCACUGCAGAUUCAAUAUGUUCACCAAAACAAGAAGGCUUAAAGAUAACUAUAAAAUGUUCUGGUAUAAAUCAAGAGACAAAGAAAGAGAAGAAGAAGGAUAAAAAAGAACAUAAAUCUCAUAAACGGCAUCAUAAAAAUACUGAUGAUGAAUCUUCUAAGAAGGCUUCAUCUCCACUUCCUGGGUCAGAUACUUAUGAUCUAUACAAAACAUUGGCAUCACCUACAAGUGAAUCUGACAAGGAAUCUUGUAACAAUAAACAAAUGGAUUAUAUAGAGUCUCAACUGGCUCAGCUUGAUUCUACAAGUACAAUUAAUAAGACUGUGGAGACCGAAAAGCAUCAUAAAGAACUCACACCUGAGCCUAAACCACCCGAGAGUACUGCAGGAAGGUCUAGGAGAAAUAGGCCGAAUAUAAAUUAUAGUGAAAAUGAUGAUGAUGUUUAUUCUUUGUCAGCUAAACAACCCAGUAAGCAUAUAACGAGAACUGUUAGCGACUUGAAGAAAGAAGCUAAAAAAGGUAGACGAAAGCAAGAAACUGUUGCAGAAUCAUCAACUUUAACGUCCCCAGAAAAUCAACAAGGAAUUGAUAAUGAACCUGAAUCUCACUUUGAACAGACUGAUUUAAUUGAUAUAUUAUCUGGUAACACCGAAACUGGCAAGUCAGAAAUAUUACCAAAAGCUAAAUUUAAUAAAAAACAAAAGCAUAAACAUAAACAUCAAAGUCCAGACAUCGAUAACCAGGAAGCAUUACCUAGUCAGGAAGAAAAUACUGCAGAGGUUGAAGAACACUGUUCGGAAGAUCACCCAAUGGAUCCUGUUAUGCCUGAAUCAAUGGAGUCACAAUUAAAUACACAACAAUCAACAGAUUCGGCGUACAACAGUUGCCCACAGGAAUUCUCUGAGGAUGAACCUCAGAAAAAUCAAGAUGAAGUAUUUGUUCCCCCUCAUGGAGUAGACACUGAAGAACCCCCCGUAGAAGACAAGCCUAGUGUAAAAUUAGUCAUAACCAAGAAGAAAGGUUCAAUAUUUAAGAGUAAAUCUUUGGUAAAUGAUAAUCCUUCACCCUUGCCUGCUAGAAAGAGACGCCAUCUCUACAAACAUGAAUGGGCUAAUGAAAAAGGUAAUGAAACACCGAGGCCUGAGCAAUCAGAAAAUUCAGAGGUCAACAAUCAGGCUGCAGAUUCAAAAGAUCUUUCAAGGGUUUCUGCCAUGGAUGAUCCAACCUUAGAUGAACCUCUGAAACCUUAUAGCAGUAUGAGAGGUGCCAAAGAGUAUGAUACUAUAGUACACAAAGUUAAGAAGACAAGGUGUGCUCGUCAAAUGCAAGAAAUUGGUGAAAACCAAGAAUUCAAUGAUGAUAUAGAAUACUUUUUGGACACACUACAGGACAACAAUCCUCUGUCGACGCGUUGCCUGUCCGCCAUCACCCUGGCCAGCAAGUGCACGGCUCCAGCCUUCAGGAUGCACCUGCGCGCGCACGGCACCGUACAGAAGUUCUUCAGUGCGCUCCACGACGCCACCAACGAUCAGAGUUUGGGUUUAUGUACAGCAACAGUGAUGUUUGUGUUAUCUCAAGAUAGAUUGAAUAUGGAUUUGGAUCGCGAAUCGCUCGAACUAAUGUUGAAUCUGCUCGAGUCUGAUGUAUCACACAAAAACGCCCUUGACGACUGCGGUCUCACGUCAGCUCAACUCGCUAAGACACAGGAAAGGGUUAGAGAAUUAUGUGCGGAAAUAAAGAGCAAGGGAAAAGCUAAACAUUUGGAUUUAGAAAAUAUUACUGUGGGCCACUUAGCGAUGGAAACGCUUCUAUCGCUAACGUCGAAGCGAGCUGGCGAGUGGUUCAAGGAAGAGCUUCGUAAUCUGGGUGGAGUCGACCAUAUAGUGAGGACUAUACAAGACUGUGUCGCCGGCCUAGACUCACCGGCGGCGAACUGGACCAACAGCGAGCUCGAUCUACUACGGAAAGCUGAUAGAUGUAUGCGAGUGUUGGAGAAUGUGACUCAGCAGAACGAGGCCAACCAGCAUCACCUGGUGUCGGGGUCGCUGGGCGCGGCGGGUACUCUGUGCUCUCUCCUCCGCCGCUGCGCGUCCGACGCUAGAGCUCUGCCCGAGCUGAGGCCGCCGCUGUUAGACGCGGCGCUACCCGCCCUCAAAGUCCUCGUCAACCUGUCGCACUCCUUCGGCAUCGCCUCAUCAGCUUUAGGGGCGCAAGUAGUGGGAGAACAGGCGUCAGUAAUGGAUAUAUGUUUAAUAAUGCUUAACAACCAAGGCAACUUUAUACCAGAUGACAAGAACUUUGAAUUCAGUGUUUGUGUACUAAUGCUGUUAAUAAAUCUAGUACAAAACAACGAUAUUAACACACAAAGGCUGCUGAACGUUCGCAUUCGAAUCGACAAUGAACAUGACAUAAUAUCAAGAAGCGCCUCCGCAUUGGAUCUUAUUGUUGACUUAUUCUACAAGAGAGUGGAACUUGCCAGAAUGGCGGAAGAAAAUACUGAUGCUUUAUUAGACGGUGAAAAAGAUGACAAAUCAGACAAUGACAAAAAGAAGCAAUCGCAAGACGACAUCGAAGAAACAGUAGCGAAAUUGUUAGCUCGUGCCGGUACCCACAUGGAGCACACUAUGGUUGGCGCGUAUCUCGCCUUACUUUUAGGCAAUAUGGCGGUCGCGGCCCCAGCUCAUGCGUUAGCUGUUCGAGCCCGUGUGCCGAGAUACGAGCCAAUGCUGCCUACACUAAGGAAAUACUUCGACUUCCUAACACUAACCGCUAGUGCUGAGGCGGCGAUAGUGGCUCAUGUGAAAUCAACGCAGCGUAUUAUACAGUUUAUGGAGGCGAGUGAUAAAGAAAAUAUUCAAGAAACAGCCGCAGCUCCGUACACAAAUUCUUACCCCUACUAUCAAACCUCACCGUCAGAUGUACCCCAGGACAUGUCGCUUAGUAAUUUAAAUUAUUCCAUGAAUUAUAGCGUGAAUAGCACUUCUAGUUCCGAUAGAAUGUCCAGCUCGAUGGAAAUUGACGGCUACCAUUAAACGACUGAUAAGAAAUAGGGUUUACAUGUUCUCAGAAUAUUUAAUUUUUCAUAUAAAUUUAAUGGUGACUCUUAAUACUUUGUCUGAGAUGACUGUUACACGACUCAUUCAAUUUUCAUUCUGUUUUAACGCGGGUGAGAGAAAAUAUUUGGAAUGAAACUGUUCUGUUAUUAAUUGUAUUUGAUGUGACGUCUUGAAUCAUUUUAUUAAUUUUGACCGCACUGCUGGUAAAUUUCUUCUGAUCGUGACUUAAAAAAACGUGUAAAUAAAUUAAAAAAAUAUCCUCGUGGACGUUAAUGUAAUACCUGUGUAAAAUAUAUUAAAUGAUACGUGCGGUAUAUCGCCUUAGUACCUCAACCUUCUGUAACAAUAUUUCUUCCUUCUAUACAAUUAAUGUAAAUAUAUUUUGCCGUUGUGUAGUUAGGGACGAGGACGAGUUAUAAAAUCUUAAUCAAAUUGAGAUAUUAAGAGUUUAAGCCUGAACUGGAAAUAUGAAAGUGCAAAAAUAGUCAAAUAAGUGUAUAGGUUAAACUUUUAUGUGAAUAUUGUCUGCACUUUGUAUAUGUUUCUUGAGAAUUUACAAAUUAUCAAGUAUUGUUCUGAGGAGGCACAAAUUUUUAUUGUAAAUAAAUUAUUAGCUAGUAAAAAUACUUUUGGUUCUUAUGUUAAUUUAAUUAGGUCAUUAAGAGUUAUUUGUAUGCGAAUUGAGAUUCUAACGAUCGUUGGCUUGUCUGUUGAAUGAUGAUCAAAUUGUUCAUGCUAAAUGUACAAACACUAAGUUAGUUGCUACAUAUGAGAUGGUUUAUGCUUAAUGUAUAGGACAAUAUUAUGUUGGACUUGAUAUAGAUGAAUUCAUUUUAAAAUCAUUUCCAAGAAUUUUUGUAGAAUAUUACAGUGUUGAACGAUUGUUUUAAGAUAAAUUUUAAUAUAAAUAACGAACAAAACAACUGGUCCCCGUAAUGCAUUACUUGAAAUAGCUGCCACUAGCUAAAAUUGCUAGCACUAGUAUUCCACUGAAAUGAACACAGAUAUCAUUUAUAAUAAAGGCUCAGUUGCAGUAUUCAAGUAAAAGGUUGACAUUGAAUUAAGUUUUUUUUCUGCUAAUUGUUCAUACAACUUUAACUAUUAAAUACAUUACCAAUUUCAGGAGGAAAACAUUUACAUUGCUCUUUAUACAAUAAAUUUGAUGCACACACAUUUUUUUAAAUAUUGCACUUAGGUGUAGGUGCAACAAUAUUUAAUAGUUUUCAGAAAGAAUAGUCGUCUUAUUUAGGUAAGCAUCAGAAAAAUUAUUUGAUUAUUCUCUAUGGGACAUCAUGGAAACUUCUAGAAGUGAAAAGGAAUCCAGAUAUAUUUAGAGCAAACGUUUCAUAUUGCUUAGUUACCAUUCAAAGCCAGCCAUAUUAAAUUACUAUUAUUACUUUGAACCAACUUUAGUGAUUGAUUGAUAAGUAAUAUGCAAUAUUAGGAUUCGGUCACUGCAAAUGUGUUAUCAGAGAAAUGUGUAAGUUCGCAAUCGUUUGUAACUAUGAAGUAUUUACCAUAAAAUCAUGUUAAUAUUGGGAGCUCAAUAUUUUUUUUACUAUAUUAAAUCAGUGGUACGGUUAUUAGUAUAUAUUAUUUAGCGUAUUGUCUUAAUAUGUUAAGGUUUUCAUUAGUUGAAACUUUAGUUUGUGACAGCUUUACUUAAUAUUUAAGAAUUUAUUUAGCUUUACCCACAUGACCUUUGGCAUAGAUCCUAGUGUUUUUUUUUUUUUGUAAAACUUUGUUUCUUUAUAGACUGGGUUACUUUCUUUGUACAGUAUAAUUCAUAUCGCCUUCAUUAUAUUUACGUAAUUUAUUGACUCUAGAUGUACGAAGAUUUGUGCAUUCACGUUGAAAGAAGAAAAUAUCUUUUCACAUGGUCUUAUAGCCAUUACCGUAUAAUGUUGUUUUUAGAUAAUCAGAAGAGUUUGAUAUGCUGAAGAAAUUAUUGUAAAUGUAUUGUGUAAUUAUGUUAUAAAGUAUUACAUGUAAUUAUAUUAAAAGGAGGACGAUGUAA